AUGCUACCGAUAAUGGAUCCCACCAAAAAGCGCAAGCUUGACGAGAACGGAUUCGGCGGCGAAGCUGAUCACCUAAAGCUCUCCCCGUCGGAAGCUCGCAAGGUAAUCGAGCGCUUCACACCCGACCAGCUAAUUAACAUCCUCCAAGACGCCGUCAUUCGCCAUCCCGACGUUCUCUCCGCCGUCCGGGCAAUAGCUGACACCGAUAUCUCCCAACGCAAGCUUUUCAUCCGCGGCCUCGGCUGGGACACCACCACCGACGGCCUCCGCUCCCUCUUUUCAACUUUUGGUGAACUUGAAGAAGCCAUUGUAAUCGUCGACAAGGCCACCGGUAAGUCCAAGGGUUAUGGCUUUGUCACCUUCAGCCAUGUGGACGGGGCUCUACUAGCUCUUCGUGAGCCUAGCAAGCGCAUCGAUGGACGUGUAACUGUCACACAACUUGCUGCAGCAGGCAAUUCGGGUUCUAACACCAACACCGCAGAUAUUGCGCAACGGAAAAUAUAUGUAUCGAACGUGCCACCUGAUCUUGCAGGAGAUAAGCUUUUAGCCCACUUCUCACUGUAUGGGGAGAUCGAGGAAGGUCCAUUAGGCUUUGAUAAACAGACAGGAAGGUCGAAAGGGUUUGCUCUUUUUGUGUACAAGACACCUGAAGGGGCACAGGCUGCGCUAUUGGAGCCAGUGAAGAAUGUAGAGGGGCGGCAGUUAAAUUGCAAGCUGGCAAUAACAGAUGGGAAGCAGCAACGUGGUGGGCCAGACGGUGUCCAGGCUCGUGGGAAUACCCAUGGAAAUGGAAUGGGGAUGGCUCCGGCAGCUGGGCCUGGGCCGGGUCAAUACGGUGGCUCUGCUAAUAUGGGUCCUUAUGGAGGGUUUUCCAGUGGGCAUCAUGGUCAGCCUCCAAUGGGUAACCAUCCUCUGAAUUCGUCAGUUGGUGGUGGGUUGUCUUCUGUUGGGAGCCAGGCCCAGUCUUCGGUGGGUGGUGCUGGUGGGUAUGGUAGCGGUCAUUAUGGAGGUUAUGGAGGACCUACAGCGACAGGUUAUGGUGGCAGUGGCGGCAGCGGUUAUGGAGGAGGUAGUGGUGGGACUGGUGCAGGUGCUGGUGGUGUACUUGGUUCUACUGGAGGUAAUGUUGGGCUUUCUUCUUUGUACAGAUUACCAAGUUCAGGUGGAAUGCAAGCUGGAGGAUAUCCUGACAGCGGUCACUAUAAUUCAUCAGGUUAUCAGAAUCAGCAUCUUCCUCCUGCUGGGGCGUCGCCAGUACCAAGGGUUCAACCUGGUUCCAUGUAUCCAAAUGGGCCCUCUUACUACUAA